AUGUUUAAAUCACUGACGAAACGACCUUUGAAUCUCAACGACAUAGUUGAUGCAUUACACAAUAUAGAUUCUGAUGACGAUCUGCCCAGUGAAAUUACCAUUUUUCCACCGGAAGAUCCAAAUAACGAAAUAACAGACAAAGAUUCUGGUGAUGAAGAAUUUGUGACAUUACAUAAUCUCCCAGGUUCCCAGCUAAGAGCUCCAGCAGAGAUUACUUAUGAUGAUACGUUUUCAGACAGUGACGAUUCUGAAAAUGAUUUAUCUUUGUCUGUGUUAGCAAAAAGAAAUGCAAUGCCAAUGAAUGCUUGCCAGAAGAUUUGA